AUGGACUCACCACCACGCCGCGGCGCACGCGCUCGACCUGCCCUACCGACCAACACCUCUUCAUACACCUCCCAUCCCACCUACACCACCGCACCGUCCACCAACCCCUCAGCAACCACCCACCCCAACCCUCCCUCCCUCGCCCUCCCUAACCUCCCUCGCUUCCACCCCGCCAACUUUCCCUCCACCACCACCAACUCCACACCCUCCAAUCCCCCUCCCAUUCCCCAACCGCCCCCCUCCCCCCGCACCACCUCCCAACGCCCCCACUCCGACGCCCAACGCGCCCUCUACGCCUACCAGCGCGAGCUCCUCGCCUCACAGAGCCCCCGACCCCCGACCACCCGACAACCGAGCGGCGGCGCGCCGAGCUCCCCGUUUCACGCGUACGGCGGCGCGCCGUUCCCGAUGAUGACGGGGAUGGCGUUCGCGGCGGGGCCGUCGGGCAGGCCGGUCAGUCCGAAGUUGGUGCCGUUGGCGGGGAGUCCGGGGCCGGUGACGCCGUUGGAGUUGGAGGGGGAGAUGAAGGGGGGGGAUUAUUUGAGUGCAGGGACGAGGCGGGAAGGGGAGGGAGGAUGA